ACCUGCCACGAAAAUGAAAACCACUUACUGGUCAUUAGAACUUUUAUUUCCUUUUUAAAUGUAUUUUUUCUUUACAUCUCAGAAGUAAAUUCUUUUUCUGGUGUCUGAAGACAUCUUUAAAUGGUGGAAACAGGAGCAGAGUGGGUGGGCUUGAAAGGGUUCUGUUCUUAGUUUACAAAAAUGACAUUUUCAAAUAAGUCAGCAAAAAGAUGAAGAAACAGGGGAGGGAUUUGUGGAGGAGGGGGCCAGACUGCACUCAAAGCCACAUUCAACAUGGAGGAUAAGGACUGUGAAAUGUGUCAGUCAGGCCUUAGCUGAAGAAAAACAUUCAUAACAAACAAGGGAAACAACAAUUAGGUGGGCGAUGAAAAAUGUGGCCCCCUGACAGAGAAAUGUAGAGUACCAAGUGAUGACCCUGUUUUGUGCAAUUUCAUGUAUCAGUGCUUCCCAAUCCCAGUACUCAGAGACCUGCAGGCCACGUUUUUACCGGGAGCUGGGAGAGAACAAAAAUGUGCACUGUUUGGCAGGGAGCAAAAAUGUGCACUGUCUGGCAGGGAGCUAAGAGGGAGCAAAAAUGUGGACUGUCUGGGGGUCGUCAAGGAAUGGGUUGGGAAACUAUUCUCUAUGGUAAGCAUAACAUGAUCUUAACAAUUCAUUCUAUUAGAAUGACAUGUUAUAAAAGUUCCUGUGGGUGUAAUGGCCAAGUGUCCCAAUACUUUUGUCUAUAUACUGUACAUACUUCCCAGAAAGCCCAUCAUGCAAUGCUUACAGCUUGUUGCCAUGUGGUCACAGUGUUAUUUUUCAAAAACACUUGGCUCUACAUUAUGUAUAUACAGAUUCCAACGACUGUCUGAUCUUACUCAGCCGUGUAAGUUACUGAAAAAGGAAACAAGACCCAAGGUCAGAAACAAGACAAAUGUGGCUGAUUGGUAUCAAUACUGAAAAUUAAUAGACAUCAGCGUGAAACUGAAAACCGAGGACUUAAGACUUCAGAGUAAGUGCAGUCGACAGCAAUCUCGGUCAGAACUCCGAGCCUUAGCAUCUUCUGUUUAAUUAGUGAAGAAGAACUGAGGUCAUUAAUUAUGAACCCCCCCCCCACCACCACUGACAAAACCAUCCCUACCCUGACCUAAAAACAGUGUAAGGAUUUGCCAGCUUCUUCUAAGACCAUUCUUACAGUAAUCAACACAUCUCUUCUAGGAUCCAUUAAUGUGUCUGCUAAUUAAUAGCUAUAGCCCAGAGUCAAACCUACUCUUCUUUUCAGAAAUCCCACUUAAAACACUUGCAGACACUCAUCACUAGCAUCUUAAAGAAGUCUUUAAGUGCUUUAACCCUUACAGGUUCAAACUCAGGUAUUUUCAUCUCUCUCCUCCACUGUCUUCUUGUUCACUUCAGCUUCCAAAAUAUAUUGUGUAUUUUACAUAUGUAAAAAAGUUUUGGGGCAACCACAGAGAGGGGCAAUUCAUAAAAAUAGAAUGAACUGAAAACUAAUGGUUAACCUGGGUAAGACUAAUAAGUUUUCAGUAUGUAUUUAUAAAUUCCCAGAACUGUGGCAUUAUUUUUGACCUAUACUAACUUGUGCCGUUUCGAGUCUCUAAAUAUUUAAAGUCUUUGAUAUCAAUAAAUAAAUAAAUCACAUAGCUCGUCCAUAUAACUCUUUUAUCUAAAUCACAAAAAAAAUUCAAAACCUGAAUUCAGCCAUUGUAGAAUUAGAAGGUGUGUUUAUUAAAUAACAUAUAUCUGUCCGUCGAUCAGUAAGUAGAAACUUGGCAGAGGGGAAAAACGUUCUAUAGGCCUAUUUCACUGUUCUCACAAUAUAAUCAUCACAGUAACAGGACCAGAUAAUUUCAUCUCAGGCUCCCCAUAUGAAAAAUUAUGAAACCUCACUGAAAAUGUAAAUAAUUUCCAAUGAAGUGUAGCAUCUAACGCAAAUCGAUUUUUUCAAUACUGCGAUGCUUAAUCUGAUAAAUUUUAUGUGUUAGUCAGCAUAUGCCGAAACGGGCGAAGGAUUACAGGAAAUCUCCGUGCAUGAGAUGACAAUGCGAGCAGCUCACAGGAAACUUACCUGCACAGCAUAUGCGGCAGAUAAUCUACCAGCACACACAACACAAAGAAGCCAAACACCUCACACUCCAUCCCAGCUGUGCGAAAGGGGAAAUUAUGCUCCAUAGUCACUAUGGAUGAGGUGCGAAAUUUCAGUGACUCUAUAAUGGCCGAGACUUUCACGGGCACGACUGAACCUUCCAACUACGACAGCAACGACUCCAGUACAGUCACUACCAUAGACUACUACUUCUACUCUGCUGAUGUGUCCGAUUGCAACACGAAUGGCAGCGCCAAUGAGAUGGUCAGCUUCCAGCCCAUACUUUUCUCUGUCGUCUUCGUUCUCGGCUUUGCAGGCAACAGCACAGUCAUCUGGAUUCUCGUGAAGCUCAUGAAGCUCAAGAGCGUGUCGGACAUCUGCCUGCUCAACCUGGCUGUCUCAGACCUGACGGUCACGCUCUCGCUUCCUAUAUGGGCCUACUACACGCCGGCCCGCGAACCCACGAGCCACGUGCUCUGCAAAGCAAUGGUGUUCAUAUAUCAGAUUGGGUUCUACAGUGGGAUCCUGUUUGUGACACUGAUGGGCAUUGACCGCUACCUGGCUAUAGUUCACGCCGUGGCCACAAUGAGAGUGAGGACAGUGAGAAACGGCACAGUGGUUAGUGCCGUUAUUUGGAUGGUCUCUAUCCUUAGUGCGCUUCCGGAGACGAUCUUCUAUAGCAUAUCAGAAGAAGAGAAGAAGUGUAUGCCGAUAUAUCCUAAUAAUUCAGAAAAUACCUGGAAACUCUUCCAAAACAUCCGGGAAAACGCAGUAGGCCUUUUCAUCUCACUGCCCAUAAUGAUGUUCUGCUACGUCAGCAUCCUGGCUGUGUUAAUAAGGUCCCGGAAUUCCAAAAAGCACAGGGCGAUGAGGUUGAUCUUCACCAUUGCCUUGCUAUUUGCAGUAUUCUGGGUUCCCUACAACAUAGUCAUUUUCCUGAAAUCUUUACAGGUAUACGGCUUUCUGAACAACUGCGAGAGCUCCCAGGGAAUCAAUCUGGCACUUGGUGCCACGGAGACAAUCGCACUCAUUCACUGCUGUGUCAACCCAAUUAUAUAUGCUUUUGUGGGAGAAAAGUUUAGGAAAAACCUCAUUAAAGAGCUGUCGAGAUUCCCACUUUGUCGAUACCUCUGCAAACUGCAGCCAGUUCAUAUCAAAAACUCAGAAAAUGACACAUCAAAUACUUCGGCGUGAUUUUCAAACAUUCUCAUUCCAUCAAAGGGUAUUGUAUUGAAGCUUGUUUAAUGACACAUGUAGUAUAUACUUAUAUAGCUUAUUCUGUGUUUUUCUUUUAGAUUUGAUAUAUAUAAUUACAUGAAAUGCUUCUUUAUGGUUUCCCAUAAAGUUUAUGUACUAUAUAAACCUACAUACUGUAUAAAUUUCCAUGCCAUUUUAUAGUUUUUAUUUUUGAAUUUCGUUCAGAGUUAGUUCUUCAGCUAUAUAUUUCUUGUUUUCUGACUUGAUGCCAUAUAGCUGAUGUUGAUGAAUUUUGAAAUUAUUAUUUUUUUUUAUACCCUGUUAUGUUAGAAUCCAUCAUUACUGCAGUGAAAAACUGUUUUACAUACAAUGUAGUACUGGGAGGAAACCAACCUCAGUAAUGCAUGUAAUGGACAAACCACUUCCUGCCCGAUACGGCAAAUAUCAAGCGUAUCAUUCUUAUCACUGGUAACAUUGUUAAACAAUAAUUUUAUUGUAGAAAUGUGUUUCUAUUGACAGGAGAAUGUUCAUUCAAUAUAGACAGUAUUUAAGAAAUAUUUAGUAAUAAAACCACAUUGAAAUCUGUGGCAUUUCAAUUAUAUGAUGGCAAGUAAAUGAAUUAAGAAAAUAACAAAAAAUUGGUUCAUAUUUACAAUCAGCAUGAAAAAGCGCUGUAGACCUAUACUCUCCUAUAUACAAUAGCUGCCUUCCUGAAAAUAAGAAACGCGGAAGGACUAUUUUUAGAAAAAAAAACAAGGAUUAUGAGGAAAAUGAGGUCAUGGACAAAACACUUAAAAAUUUCUUAAGUAACACACGGUAUCACAUCUCACUAUAUCAUUCUUAUCAAAACACUUUAAUAUUUCAAGAUUCUCUUCAAUACUUCAACCUUUUUGCAUUCAGUGCUUAGCUUUUGAGACUUUCACUGUUUGGGGUGUAAAUGAGCAUGUUUAAAUUAUAAUUAUAAAAGUUGCUAAACGUGCAGAAAUGGGGAAACAAACACUUUUAAGAUGACACACACUGCGAAGUGACGCAGUGACUGGGUGUUUCCGAUCAGGUGCACGCCUUCCAUUCGCAUGCGGCUCGGUACAGCUGGGUGAUGCGUCCCUGCUUCUCGGCAGACUAAAGCACGCAUACAAAAGCGAGCAUCGCGGUCUACGAACUGUCCUCUAAUAUAUCAUUCGCUUUGGUGCAAACUGGUGUUUCCAAAACACACAUUAUAGGAGAACAUACUGUAUCUAUGCAUCACAACUGAACAAUAAUUUAAAGCAUUUCUGUCGCCUUGCACCCUGUUUCAGUUUGGAAUAAGUCUUUAGAUACCAGUCAUAUUUUUCCCAGUUUAUUUUUUUGUGAUGGUUUUGUUUAAUACUAUUGUAUAUAUAAAGGAUAUACAGUGAGGGAAAUAAUUAUUUGACCCCCUGCUGAAUUCUUAAGUUGACCAAUUAAUAAAGAAAUGAAAAGUC